UCCUGGAGUGCUCGACAUGAUUGGGAUAACGGGAGGUCUGGCCGAGUUCCGUGCUGCCUUGUUGGCCUCUAGAGGCUUUGCGUCCUUUGCUCUUGCCUACUUUAGAUAUGAUGAUCUGCCGACUUCAAUAGCAGACAUUGAUUUUGAUUACUUUCUUGAUGCUGUAAACUGGCUCGCUUCUCAUCCCGAUGUCCAGCCCGGGGGUAUUGGUGUGGUUGGUAACUGCAAAGGAGGUGAACUGGCCUUCCUGCUUGGCAUGUCAACUGAUAAGGUGAAGGCUUUGGUGAAUCUUAGUGGUGUCCCAAUGUAUUCACUUGCCGAUGUAAAGAAGUCUGGAGAGUAUUUUUGGAAAGGGUUUAAGUUAAAUCAAAGUAAGAUGAUGCACCGGGAUGAAGGUGUUUCUCUGAAAAACAGCUUCUCCUAUGACAAUGAGAUCAUUCCGGCCUGGACUAAUAAUGCCAAGAUCUUAUACUUGUGUGGAGAAGAUGACGACUUAUGGAGAACUGACUUUGCUAACACAGUUAUUGAGACAUGUCCUGGAGAGAAGAAGAAGAACAUUGAACUCAUCAUCUAUCCAGGGGCAGGACAUGAGAUCGAACCGCCAUAUACGCCGUUGUUCACAUCAUUAUUCAUGAAAGCCAUUGGCAUGACGAUAUCAAUGGGAGGACAACCUGAAGCCCAUGCUGCAGCCCAGGAGGAUGCCUGGAAAAGAAUCCUCCACUUCCUCCACAAGCACCUGCCACAGAAGCAUCACACAUCCAGUCGAAUAUAGCUUAAAGACACUGUUCUAUCGUCUGAAGCGCGUUACAAAAGGUGUCAAUGUUUUUUAUCGCUUGUUUGUGUGGUCAUGAUCUAUAAACAAACAUCCAACUGUAUUCGUCACUUCGAGUGCAAACUGUAUUACCUAUCAAAAGUUUACACUCACUAGUGUAAAUGUAGCCACUUACUUCAGUCAACUGCUCUAAACUUGAUUUUGCAAACUAUUCCAUACUGUUUAAAGGAAC